GCUGCAUAUAAAUUGCAGUCCCUCGCGCUCACUCAGUCAAUGGAGCUGUAGAAAGAAGCGAUUUUUAGAGAUUUAAAAACUUAAAUUUACGCCCUUUUUAAGCGAUUAAUUUGUUGUUUUUUUAUCCUUCAAUUUAGUUUGAAUUACACCUGAGUGUUUCUUCCGCUGACGUUGAGCAGGACUCUCGGAAAGACAAGGAAAAAUGAAAUACAUUAUAGGAAUUGGCGGGGUCACUAAUGGUGGGAAAACCACCCUGACCAAUCGGUUGAUCAAGACGUUGCCCAACUGCUGUGUUGUGCACCAAGACGACUUUUUCAGGAAACCAGAUCAGAUAGAAGUCGGGGACGACGGCUUUAGACAAUGGGAUGUGAUCACAGCCAUGGAUAUGGAGGCCAUGACCAACACGGUGAAAGGCUGGAUUGAGAACCCCGUGAAGUUCGCUCGUUCUCACGGCGUCCCGCUGUCCUCUGCGCCUGAAGAGACCAACCCGGACGAGACGACACACAUCCUGAUCGUGGAGGGCUUCCUGCUCUACAACUACCCCCCCCUGCUGGAUGUCUUCGACAAGACCUUCUACAUCACGAUUCCCUACGAGGAGUGCAAGAGAAGGAGAAGUACGAGACAGUACACCGUCCCCGACCCCCCCGGCCUGUUUGACGGUCACGUGUGGCCGAUGUACCUGAAGCACAGGAGAGAGAUGGAGAGCUGCGGCCUGGAUAUUGAGUGCCUGGAUGGUUUGAGGUCUAAAGAUGAGAUCUACACCCAGGUGUACGAGAGCAUUCAGAACAACCUGCUCAAUCGUUUAUAGCAGGAGGUCUCCUCUCCAGCCCUGUACAGAACCUGUAAAUAGUCCCGAGGAUACUUUUUUUUAAUGAAGUCUUUUUUUAAAUGUUAUUCUUUGUUCGUGAAACAAAGCAUGGUUAACUUAUCGUUGUCUUAUUUUAUUUUGACUUGUGUAAGUGUUUUUGAACCCCAGCAGAACCAUUGCUUUUUUUGUUGUACUGGCACAUCGUCCUGCAAAUAAAUGCUCCAGUUGCUGUUGAUAUACAGCACAUCCAGAA